CGCUGUUCUCGCGACCGCACACGGACGAGUUUAUUGCAGAAAUCAUAAUCAGCGGAUUUUCUCCCCCCCCCCCCUUUUUUUUUUAAACGAUGUCUUUUAUUUCACACAGCCAGAAAGACACGAUCGGAACGUACACUUUCUCCAGCCGUCCCAGGCCCGUUGAGAACCGCUCCAAAUACAGACAACAGGCCAGCGAAAAGACUGACAAGGCACACAGUACUUAUGGAAACAUCAUGUAUGAUCGCCGUGUCAUCAGGGGAAACACUUACGCCCAGCGCUUUUUAUCAACUAUGGUGCAGGAAGACCUUGCUGAAAUACAAAGACAGCAAGAGAUGAGGAGGAGGGUCGUGACUCGUAAAAAGACCAAGGACCCCCUAAGAGCUUCCACCCCGGAGGCCGUCCAAGGCAGAAAACACAACCUUGUCCAAACGGAACUGUAUCUGGAAGAGCUGAGCUACGACGUAGAAGUUUCACACACGGAGUGCCAGACUGACCCUCUCCUGGACAGACCCGCAACGCCGCUUUUCAUACCUGCCAAAUCUGGCAAAGACGUUGCGACACAAAUAGAGGAGGGGGAGUUGUUUGACUUUGACAGAGAGGUGCAACCCUUGCUGGAGGUCUUGGUGGGGAAGACCAUUGAGCAGUCUCUGCUGGAGGUGAUGGAGGAGGAGGAGCUGGCCCGUCUGCGAGCGCAGCAGAGGGCCUUCCAGGAGCUUCGGAACGCCGAACUGGCUGAGCUGCAGCGGCUCCAGGAGCGGGAGAGGCGGCGCGCGGAGGAAAAGGAGCGCCGGAUUGCCCAGCAGAAAAAAGCGCUGAGGAUGGAAAAAGAGACUGUGGAGAAGAUUGCGGCGCUGGCCUACAGCCAGCAGUACCUGUCCGAGCUUGUGCCAACGGUCUUUAAGUCCCUCAGGGUCCACGGCUUCUUCUAUGACCCCGUUGAGAAAGAUAUUGAGACAAACUUCUUUCCGUGGCUGAUGGAUGAGGUGAACAACAAAUUAGAAAAGAGAAAUGCAGCAAGGCAGAUUUUAGACAACCUCAUCCAUGAUGUGGCCCAGCAAAAACUGCCACUCUAUGCACAGUCGGAGGCACGGCCAGAGAAGUAGUGGCUUGUAUCCUCGAAAACAACAGACUAAUCACUUGUUCGUGGAUUUCUUUUGUGUCACAGUUCCAAAGACUCUCUGUUAAAAGUACACCCUGAUUCCUGAUUUUCCUCAUCACUGACCUCAUGUUUGCGAUUAGGAGCAGUGAACAGACAUUUUGUCUCAGGCAUGCAUUGUUUGUUCAAAUAGCCUCUUAUCAUUGCUGUUUCUUGCCUUUUACCAGAAACUCAUGGCACUUGUAAAAAAAAAAAUCAUGCUUGCACACACACUAAGUUAUCUUGGUGCGCUCAUUUCUGCAACAAUUUUUACUCUCACUUAAAUUCAUUUAUUUCAAUAGAUUAUUUUUUGGGUCA